AUGUCACAGUCAAUCCAUGACAUACCAACCCUUAUAAACCAAUACAUAGCCACGUCUUCACCCUCAGACGACACAUCCGAUGAUGCAUCGUCGGUUUUCAUAGCCGAAUUAGUCAACCUUAUCACCAGUGAUGAAAUCACGCUUCUUCAAUUCAUCUCCAGUUUAGGAAAGACCCUUACUUCUGAUACAGACAUGAUUAGGAGCAAAGCCAUACUGUGUCUUUCGCGAGUGUUUGCUGAUCUUCCUAUAAACAAGUUGAGUCGUCAGGAUGUCGGUGUUAUGGUUGAUUUCAUGGUGGUUAAGUUGGACGAUAAAUUGAGUUUGACAUAUGUAUUACAAGCGUUGAACUCGUUAGUCAAGAUGAACAAUUUCAAUUCGAUCGACAAAGUAUUGAAAUCGUUGUUGGAUAGCUAUCUGCCUAAAAAGAAUUUGGCCAAGAUCAGAUAUGAAACGUUCUUGAUUCUUGGCGGAUUACUUGAAAGUAAAGGCCAAUACAUCAGCACCCAUACUGAACUUGCAGAUCUCUAUGUUAAGGCAUUCGUUCAUAUUGCUUCCGGAGAGAAAGAUCCACGAAACUUGAUCAAUUCAUUUUCAUUAAACACCAAGAUAAACAGCUUGUUCACAUUCGAUGCAAACAACAACUUGCAUCAACAACUAAUCGAUGACUUGUUUGAUGUAUGUUUCUGUUAUUUCCCCAUAACAUUCACUCCACCACCCAAUGAUCCAUACAAAAUCACCAGUAAUGAUUUGAAACUGGCCCUUAGGGAAACUAUUGCCCUGCAAUCGUUAUUCGCCACGGAUGCAAUUGCCAAUCUCAUUGAGAAACUCACCUCGACCAAUCCAGCAAUUAGAAAUGACGUGUUGACAACUUUGAACUUGUGUGUGCAGACAUACGCUCCCGAAACGGUGGAUCAACAUUGGGUCACUAUUUGGAACGCCGUCAAGUUUGAAGUGUUGCACAAUACCAACGAAUUGCCAGUAAGUGCAAGCAAGACUAUUAUUCCCCAAGAUUAUGAGGCCAUUGAUGACAAUGAUGAUAUCAAAGCCGUAGUUUUGACAUUGGUUAUUGUUAGAAACCUCUUGGAAAGAGCGACUGAUCCACAACUGAUGUUGGAGAUGAUCUUGCAUGAAUUGACGCAAAAUUUAACUACAAUCACCAACAAAACUAAAUUAGCUGCUAUUAUACUAGGUGUUAUGGCAGAAACAUCACUUGAUAGAUUCAACUAUAUUGUUGAGCAAUUGUUUAGUCAUUCCGUCUGGGGAAAAUACCUUAAUGUUGAGCAAACUGAAGCUAACGAAGAACAAGAAGAAGAAGAAGACAUAGUUUUGAAUAUCGAAAGACAGGGUCAGUUAGUGGAUAACCUUGAGUAUAUCUUCUUGGCUUAUUAUACACUUGCUCCUGAACAACCCACAAAAUUAUCCCAAUAUAAAGACCAUAUCUUGAUAUUCCUUGGCCAAUUACUCAAAUCAAACGUUGAUACCAGUUUACCAAAGAAAGUAAUCGCCCAGUUUGUCAACAUGAUUGGAAUGGCUAACUUCCUUACUACUCAAGAACUCGAAUUAAUCAUGAACCAUUUCCAACAAAUCUUGUUGAAUGAAUCGACUUCGGAAACUGUGGUUGAUGCAUGUGUUUCUGGACUUAUUGGACCAUUGUCGGAACCAAGAAUUACCAAAUUGGCAAUUGAGUUGAUAAUCACGCCAUUACUUGCUACUCUUGAUGAUACCUCGGAAAUUGUUGAAGUUGAAACCAGGCUUGCUGUGAUUGGAAAGCUCUGUGUUAAUUAUGCAAUUUUGGAAGUGAUUUCCAUCAAGUCAUUGGCUAGACUUUCUUCAUUCAACAACUUAGACUUGGCACACGAAGAUAAAAUCAAAUUAUUCCAUGUAGUGAUUGACACUUUGAUCAAGUUGAUUAAUCAAGUUACUGAACGGCAUCAAUUCUUGACCGAUUCAUGGUAUGGUCACUUUGUUCCACCAUUCUUGAAUAACAUUUUCAAGUUAUUAGGUGAAGACACUCGUGAUUAUGCAUUGAUUGAAUCUAGUUCUCGAUUGGUUGGAUUAAUCAUUAGGUAUAUUGAAAAACUGAAACAUCAAGCGGUGUUGAAUGAUUUUAUUGAGGUGUUUACUACGGAAAAGUCAUCCAAGAUCAAAUUGGAAGGCAAUUUAAUUGGUCAACCAUCAGGAUAUAUUGUCAUGUUUAACAAGAUUGUAGCUUCCAUUGAUAAAGAAUGUCAAUUUGAAAACUUGAACGUGAUAACUGAGUCAAUGGUUGGAAUUGUCAAACUGGUGAAUAAUGAAUAUCUUCGUAUUCAAUAUUUGGAAGGAAUAUCCCUCCUCGUUAACAAAUUUACUACUGAUGUGACAUCGUUGGUUGACAUGUCCCUCACUGAUCCAAUCAGUUAUGAAAUCUACAUUUGGAUACUAAAGGGAUUGAUUCUCAAGCUUGAUCCAGUUGGACUUGAUAAAUUGCAACAACUAGUCAACCAAUUUACGUCGGGUAGCUCCGGAAUCACACCAAAGUCAUUCCGAGUAUUGUUCAUCGAUAUCGACAUCUUCACAGAAACAACAAGCAAGCAUAUCUCAGGCGUGCGUAACUUGAACGUCCGUUUAUUGUACAAGCAACGUAUUUUCCAAAUUGUCGUUCCUGAAUUGCUCCCCCAUGUAGACAAUCACAAUUGUCUUGUGGCGUUAGCGUUGAUUAUUGAGAAUGUGUCCACCUCGAUCUUGAUUAGGUACUUGCUGACUUUGGGUCCGGUUAUCAUGGCAUGUGUUAAUGAAACUACCAAUGCUGUAGUGCUUAAGCUGGGAUUGCUGAUGAUUAAUGUUGUUCUUGAAGAGGAUGACACGAUAUUAGACCCAUAUGUUACUCAGCUUGUGCCUGUAUUGUUGCAAAUUGCCACGACAAAGAUUGUAUCGGGCAAAAAGAGAAUAAACGAUGAAAGCAUCCGUGUUUUGGCAUUACGGAAUUUAACCAUCUUGUUCAAGAAAGGACAUGGUGAUAAAACCCAAGCAUUAAACCAGUUACGUUUGUGUUUGGAUGAUAAGAAGAGACUGGUUAGAAAGUUGGCAAUCGAUUUAUGUCAGCUGCUCUAUGAAUUAAAAUAA